UCAUUAUUACUCACCACUUAACAAAAAGAUUGUCCACCAAACCUGAAAAAAUGUCCAACUUAAAGUUCCAUCUCCAAAAGUAAUCAACUUUUUUAUACUUCUAAACCCCAGUCACUCCGCAUUCCAUGCUACGAAGCCAGCAAUUUAUGCUCUUUUAAACUCAAUUUUUAUUACUCCCUUAAACCCCAAAUCAUCCUCUUUCUCUUCCCUCCUUAUCAAACUUCCAUUGUUAAUUCAAAAUUUGGUGGGUUUUUUUUUUUUUUGUUUUUUCUUUUUCUCAUUUUUCUAUUUAUAAAUAACCCAAAUAAAGUUUUCAUCUUUCCAUUCAGUAGUGUUUUUCUGUGAAUACCCAAUAUUUGAUUUGUCUUAUUCCUUGUAUUUGGGAGUUUUCCCAUCUUCUAUUGAAGUUAUUUGCCUAAGUUUGGUGAUAAAAACUAAAAAGGAAGGAAUUUUGGGUGUUUUGUUAUUGAAUUCUAUAAUCAAGGAUUAAAAACUCGGAAGUUCGUUCUUCUCCUCCAUGGAGACAUUGACUUCCUCCGCGGCUCUGCCUAUACAUCACCGGACAUCAAACUACGAUGAAGCGUCUAUGCAUCAAAGUUUGCUCUUCGCAGACAGCCUUAAGGAUUUGAAGAAUUUACGAACCCAACUUUAUUCAGCAGCAGAGUAUUUUGAAUUGUCAUUCACCAAUGACGACCAAAAACAAUUAGUUAUUGACACAUUGAAGGAUUACGCGAUUAAAGCUUUGGUGAACACGGUAGAUCAUUUAGGCUCAGUGACUUACAAGGUUAAUAAUAUUUUGGAUCGAAAAAUUGAAGAAGUAGCUGAAACCGAGUUUCAUGUGUCGUGUAUUGAGCAAAGAUUACGCACAUGCCAGGAGUAUAUUGGUCGAGAGGGCAUCGCCGAACAAUCAUCAAUUAUUGAUACACCUAAAUUUCAUAAACGAUAUGUCUUACCAGCUGGUCAGACCAUGAACAGCAGCAAUCUUGCAAAUUUGAAGUACAAAAGCUGUGGCAUAGACGAAGACGACUGGCUUCAGCUCCGAAGUGCUGUUAGGGCUACAAUUAGAGACACACUGCCCUCGGCUAGAGGGACACCGCCCUCAACCAGAGAAACUUCAUCAACAAUUCGAGCGACAUCUUCCUUUGUCAGAAGAGGACGGUCUACCUCGCCUGCUCCUCGACCUUCACAAUUACCCGCGUCAUUCUCCUUUGCCGGUUCCACUCCAAGAAAAGAACACGACAAAAGAUCAGUUUCGCCUCAUCGGUUCCCUCUUUUGCGUUCCGGGUCUUUUGCUUCGAGACCCACUACACCAAAAUCUAGUAGGCCAACUACUCCGAAUUCUAGCCUUGAAAGGCACCGGUAUAUCUCAGAUUCUUGGAAGUCGGUCUCUAUGCGAGUUCAUGAUGAGAAGGAGAAGCCGAAGGAAAUUGAACGUCAUCCUAGCAAAAGUAAGCGUCUGCUCAAGGCAUUGCUUAGCAGGCGGAAAUCGAAGAAAGAUGAAACUUUGUUUACUUUUUUGGAUGAAUACUGAGAAAAUUACUUCUGCCCAGAAAAAAGUUUAAAAUGUUUGGAUAAAACAUGGGCUACAAUUAGAUGUUAUCUUUAAUUAGAUAAUACUUAUACACCACAGAAAUGUCAGUAUAUGUUUGAGCCAUUGUUAGAAUAUCAAACUUUAUCUUCUUCACUGAAAGUUAUUAACAUAAAUACAAUACCCUUCAUUUUUGUUUUUUGUGCCAUUUGAUUACAAUGAGUAGUCGCCCAUUGAGAUUGAUGACAGGAGAGAAUUCAGAAUAUUAUUAUAUGGUGUUCUACAAGUUUAUCUCUGCAUGUGUACUACUUGAUCAGCUUGAUUGUUAUUUUUUGUUUGAUACGUUGCACUAUCUAAUAUGAAAAAAGGUUUUUUAAUCAAAUUAAGUGAGUUAUAGCCCAGACAGAUAUGGGCCUAAAUUCUCCUUUAAUUCUCAAAUUCAACAAGAACUUUUAUAGAAGAUGAAAAUGAGCAUCAACAU